AUGGGGAUGCUGCAAACAUUGGAGCUCGAGAAUUUCAAGUCCUACAAGGGGCACCAGGUGAUUGGGCCAUUCUACCAGUUCACCGCCAUCAUCGGACCGAAUGGAUCCGGCAAAUCGAAUUUGAUGGACGCCAUCUGCUUCGUGCUCGGCGAGAAGGCGAACAAUUUACGCGUGCGGAAGCUCGGGGAACUGAUUCAUGGAGCCCCCGUCAACAGACCGGUCGCCAACAAGUGCACGGUGACGAUGAACUACAAAGAUGAUAACGGCAAACUGCGCAAGUACAGCCGCACCGUGCACGGCUCGUCCAGCGAGUAUCGGGUCGAUGAUCAGGUCGUCACGCCGCAGCAAUACAACGCCGAGAUGGAGAAGAUCCAGAUCUUCAUCAAGGCCAAGAAUUUCCUGGUUUAUCAAGGCCAAAUCGAACAAGUCGCCAUGAAGAAUCCCAAGGAACGGACUGCACUUUUCGAGGAAAUCUCCCGCUCCUGCGAGUUCCAGUCAGAGUACGACAAGCUGAAGCACGACUUGACGAAAGCCGAAGAGGAUACGCAGCUGAACAUGAACAAGCGCCGCGGCAUCGCCCAGGAGAAGAAGGAGGCCAAGAUGGAGAAGGACGAGGCCGAGAAGUACCAGCAGAUGAAGGACGAGGCCGAGGAGAAGCAGAAGCACCUCUUCAUGUUCGAGCUGUUCCACGUGGAGCGCCAGAGCGAGGAAGCCAAGGAGGAGCUGCAGGAUAAAAAGAAGGAGGUCGCGUCGCUGAAGGAAAAGUACGGCAACUACGAGGAGGCGUCGAUGGCCAAGCAAAAGACGCUGAAGAAGGCGUCGCGCGAGUAUCACAAGCUCGACAAGGAGGCCAACGAAAAGGAGCGCGAAGUCACUGAGCAACGACCUCGAUUCGUGCAAGCCAAGCAGGAGCAGAUCCACUUGCAGAAGAAGCUCGAUGCCGCCAGCCGGUCGCUAAAUGCGGCUGAGAAAAUGGCCGAAAGUUACGCCGAGCAAGAGGGCGCACUGAAGAAGCGUGCCAAGGAGCUCCAGAAGGAGAAGGCGGACGCCGAGGCCGAGAUGGCCAGCCAGUCGCAAGAAAUGGACCUCCAGCUCAGCGAGUCACAGACAAAAGAGUACAGCCGGCUGAAGGCGGAGAGCGUCAAGAAGGCCGUCCAGUACGAUCAUAAGCUGAUGGAAAAAAGGAUGAUGCUCGAGACAGAACGCUCGGCGUUGAAAUACGAGCAGGGCCGACUGCACGAAUGGGAGGGCAAGGUGAAGCGGAAGACGGACGAGAUUGCGCGACAGGAGAAAAACUUGGAAGUACUCGAGGAAACGAAGGCCAACUUCAUCUCGGCGUUGAAGGACGAGAAGGCGCAACUGCGGCUGACCGAGGUCUCCGUCAAGGAGAGCCGAGAAAAGUUGGAAAAGUUCACCAUCGAGCUGACCGAGGUGAGCCGCCAGCUGUCCGAUGCUCACGGCGACACGCAAGAGACCGAACGGAACAAGCGACGCCAAGAGGCCGUCGACAACCUGAAGCGUGUCUUCCCGGACAAGGUCCACGGCCGUCUCGUCGAUCUCUGCACGCCCUCGCACAAGCGCUUCAACCUGGCCGUCACCAAGGUGCUCGUCAAGCACAUGAAUUCCAUCGUCUGCGACACCGACGCCACGGCCAUGGACGCUAUUCAGUACUUGAAGGAGCAACGUUACCCGCCCGAAACUUUCCUGCCAUCAAACAGCCUCGACGUCCAGCCGAUCAACGAGAAGCUGCGCGAGAUCAAGCAGCCGGCCGGCGUGAAGCUCGUCUACGAUGUCAUCAACUGCGCAAACCCGGCCGCGCGCAAGGCCCUGCAAUAUUCCUGCGGCAACUCGUUGAUCUGCGACAACGCGGAGGACGCGAAGAGCUUGGCGUACGGCGCCAUCGGCCACGGCGAGCGCUACAAGGCCGUCGCCCUCGACGGCACCCUCUUCCAGCAGUCUGGCGUUAUCUCCGGCGGCGGUGCGGAUCUGAAGCAAAAGGCGAAGAAGUGGGACGAGAACGCGAUGCGAAAGUUGAAAGAUCGUCGCCAGGGCCUGAACGAGCAAAUCAUCGAGCUCAACAGGACGAAGAAGAAAGAGAUGGACGUGGAUGCUAAGAGGAGCACCGUCAGCAACCUGGAGCGCAAGAUCGAGGGCUGCAGUCGGCAACUGCAACAAAUGCGACAGGAGGGCACCGCCAAGCUGGAGCAGGAGCUCGAGGUGCUGAAGGCCGAACUAGAGGCGAUUCCGCCUAAAAUCGAAGAGCUGGAGAGCCGCAUCGAAGACAUCCAGAAGGACCUGACCGCCUUCGAGAAGAAGAGCAACGCCGUCGCCGACGAGGUGUUCGCCGACUUUUGCAAGCAGCUCAAGAUCCCGCACAUCCGCGUCUACGAGGAGAAGGAGUUGAGAUUCCAACAAGAACGCCAAUCCACCCUGAAGAAGUUUGACGCCGAGAUCGACCGCGUUCAGCAGGAGCUCGAGUACCUGAAAAGCGAGGACAAGUCCCAGCGCCUCAAGACCGAGCAGGACAAGGUCCGUCGCCUCGAGAACGAGCUGGAGUCGCUGAAGAAACGGGAGCACAAAGAGGAGAAGGUGCUGAAGAAGCUGGAAAAGGAGCUGGAGGACAUGAAGGUCAAGCUGCUCGAACGGAAGACCGAGCUGGAGGAGGCCGAGGCUGAGCUUCAGGCCGCCAAGAAGGAGGCUUCUACCGUUCAUCGAGAAGUGACACAGGCCGAGAAGGCGGUAACCGGUCUUCAAAACGAGCUGGAGCGACGGCAGCAAGAACGACAUCGACUUCUCCACAACGCCAAAAUUCAACAGAUCAGGCUGCCGCUCUCCUCGGGGUCCCUUGCCGACAUUGAGGCCGAAGAUGACGACGAUGAGGACGACUCCCAGCCAACCACCUCGCAAGUCUCGAAGGAGCAGCUGGACCGUGAGACCAAGAUCCACCUCAACUAUCGGGAUCUGCCCUCGGAAUUGAGAAAGCUGGACGAUGAGGACAAGAUUCGACGGGCGAAGGAGCAGCUGGAGAAGGAGAUGGCCAGCCUGCACUCGAUGCUCGGGCGACUCGCUGCGCCAAAUAUGAAAGCCAAUCAACGAAUGGAAGAAGUGAAAGAAAAGGAGCAGGAGACGACCAACGAAUUCGAGUCGGCACGGCGGAAAGCUAAGAAGAUCCGGACCCAAUUCGAGAAGGUCAAGACCGAGCGCUACAGGCGAUUCAUGGAAUGCUUUGAACCGGUUUCACAGAAGAUUGACGAGAUUUACAAGUCGCUCUCCCGGAACCAAUCUGCGCAAGCCUUCCUCGGCGCCGACAACAUGGAGGAGCCGUACCUCGAGGGCAUCCAGUACAACUGCGUCGCUCCCGGCAAGCGCUUCCGGCCGAUGGACAAUCUGUCGGGUGGUGAGAAGACGGUGGCCGCGCUCGCGCUUCUGUUCGCCAUGCAUGCCAGAAAUCCCUCCCCGUUCUUCGUGCUCGACGAGGUUGACGCCGCCCUCGACAACACCAACAUUGGAAAGGUAGCCCAGUUCAUCUGCGAGACGGCGCGCAAGGAGAUGCAGCUGAUCGUCAUCUCGCUGAAGGAGGAGUUCUACAACAAGUCGGACGCGCUCGUCGGCAUCUACCCGCAACCGGCGAAUUGCACCGUCUCCGGCGUGCUCACCCUCGACCUCACCAAGUUCCGGCAAAGCGGCGCCAGCGGCGACACGACAAUGAUGCCG